GGUAAUUAACAUAUUUUUUUCGUUUCAGAAACGUUGAAAUGCUUGUGAAAUCAAUAUGCAUUCUCUUUAUAACGCAAUGCUUAGCAAAAGACUUGGCUCAAAAUCCACAUGUAAUAUUACAUGAAAAUCAACUAUCAAAUUCUGAGCCUUCCAAUGUUCCCGCGGACUACUUCGAUAGCAUGAACUUGCCAAGCCCUGAUUACAAAUUCAGUUACCUUUAUGAACAAAAGAGAAAAGAUGAAGAGCCUCAAGUUGAGCAAAGAGACGAAGAAAUUGGUAAGUACAUGAACAUCCAACAACCAACAACAACGCCUACAACGACAACAGAGCUGCAGCAAGACGUUAAUAUACCUAAUGGGCAAGAAAAAAACCAGGAUGUGAAUGGCCAAUUGAAAACUUCCAUGAAGGUGCUAGAUAAUCACCAUCGUAAGGAAAUAGAAGAAGUAGCCUCAACCUUGCCACCGAUGCCACCAGUACCAAAAUUACGCAGCAACCAAAGCCCGCAUUUCCCGCCCAGUUAUUGGGAUUAUUUGAAUCAUCAUCGAUCAGCUAUCCUAACAAAUCACAUUCACCGUCACCAAUCUCCGCCUGGUACACUAAAAUGGAACAAAUCUCCAAGCAAUGACGGUUCUGAUUUAACUGGCCUCCAUUUUCCGACUCAUGAAUGGAACCCAUCACAUAUCAGACAUCCUGGUCUUCAUGAAGUACAUAUCUCGCCCAUAACGUCGAAAGCUCCUGUUAUGGAAUUGUCGACUGAAUCCAAACUUCAUUUAUCUACUCAUGAUUCGAAAUCUGGUCAUAGGCACCAUGAAGUAAAGACAUCGCCUAUUACAUCUACAAUUUCAAUUGAGGAAUCUUCUACUCCAAGUGGACAUCAUUUAUUGGCACAUGACACGAAACCUACUCAUAUGAGGCACUCUGGUCACCAUGAUGUAAAUAAAUCACGUUCAGCAUCCGAAAAUCCAGUUGAUCAAGCUCCUGCUUCAACUGUAUCUUCAGUAGUAUCCAUACAUGACUCAGAAUCUAAUCAGUUGAAGCACCCUAGUCGUCAUCAUCAUGUCCAUGAUUUACCCACAACAACUGAAGCAGUUGAUGCUGAAGUAUCUACUAUCUCAAGUAAAGAUCAUUCAUCGGCUCAUGAAUCACCUAAUCAUCAGGAAGUACAUAUCUCGAACUCAACGCCCGGAAUCCCGGUUGAAGAAGCUUCUGGUAAAAUUGGCCACCAUUCAUUAUCUCAUGGACCACAUAAUUUAAAACAUAGUAUUCAUCACGAGAUACCACAAACAUUGCCCGCAACGCCAGAAACUAUAGCUAAAGAAUUUGCCGCAAAAUUCGGAACUCGUUUAACAAAUCAUACGUCGGUACUUCACCACGAGAUACAACAAAAAUUGACCACAACGCCUGAAGAUGCAGUAGCUGAAGAAUUCGCCGCAAAAUUCGGAACGCGUCAUCACUUAAAUCAUCAUAUUCAUCAUGAGGCACACACGUCAGCCACAACCGCUGAAACAAUUACAGAAUCUUCUGCUACUAAAACUCUUCACACAAAUCAUGACUCGAAACUUGCUUCAAUGCCAUCACAGCACGUACCACCAUUACGUAGACAGAAUGGCCAUGUUAAAGUCAAUAAAAUAAUUAAAAAGGUGAAAAAGAGUCCGUCAACAGGUCACAACUCUCGACCUGUAAAUAGAGGUAGCUACAAAUUUAGGUUGGACGACGUUAAUGAUAUGCAUUCAACACCCAUUCGACGCAUCAAAACGCCUAAAACCACGCAACGAACGUAUAACUCUCCGCCACCACCGGUACCUACUCUCUCACCAUGGUACGACGGGUACGGAAAAUGA